AUGCUGCAUCGUGCAUGUCGCCCAUCCACCGGCGCCGGCCCCGGUGCCGGUGUCGCCCUCCGAGUCUCGGCGCCGUUCACCUUCCGGCCUUCACCGGCGCCGCUUCGCUGGUCACGAUCGCGGCCCUACACGACCCGAGGCUCGUCCAGCCCGUUCCGUCCGCCGCAGCUCAUCGCCGUGUUCCUCGUCUCCGGCAUCGGCGGAUGGGGUCUAUCGGCCCUGCUUCGCGACGGGAAGAAGUCCAAGACCGGCGGCGCCAUCCCCAGCCUGAAGCCCGGCCCCGUCGACCUCGCGUCCCUGGCCAAGACGCCCGUCGAGGAGGGCAGCUUCGAAAAGGCCGAUGCGAAGCUGCGCGAGGACGUCUUUGUGGGGUCCUUCAGCGCCGAGGGCAAGGAAACCCAUAUCCACGCCGCGAGGGUCGCAAGCAACCAUCCUGUCGAGGACCACAUGGCCUACUCCCUCGCCCCGGGAGUAGGGGGGUCCAAGACUCUCUUCAACGGCGUCUAUGACGGCCACGCAGGCUGGGCGACCUCACUACUGCUCCAGAGCGCCCUUAUUCCUGCUGUGUCCUCUUCUAUCGCUCGGCUCGGCCGUGACACCGACGACGCGGCCGUGGGCGCGGCCAUCGUCGGCGCCUUCACCGAUCUCGACGACCUCAUCAUGUCCAACGCCGUCAAGGCCGUCGAGGGUCUCAAGGCCGGCACCGUCGAGCCCGCCGACUCCAGGGUCAUGGCCGCCAUCGCUCCCGCCAUCGCCGGUUCCUGCGCCCUGCUGUCCGUCUUCGACCCGGCCACCUCGACCCUCCGCGUCGCCUGCACCGGCGACUCGCGCGCCGUCCUGGGUUCCCUCGCGCCCGGCGCGGCCUCCUACUCCGCCCUCGAGCUCUCCAAGGACCAGACCGGCCGCAACGAGGACGAGUUCCGUCGCGUCUCCAGCGAACACCCUGGCGAGGACGGCAUCCUCGACAAGAAGUCGGGCCGUCUGCUGGGCAUCGCCGUGACGCGCGCCUUUGGCGACCACCGCUGGAAGUGGACCGAGGACUUCAUCAAGCACAUCCACCAGAACUUCUUCGGCACGUCUCCGCGUCCCAAGUACGCGACCCCGCCAUACAUGACGGCCGCCCCGGUCGUGACCACGACCAAGAUCCGCGGCCCGGACUUUGCCAUCCUCGCCUCCGAUGGCCUGUGGGACCACAUGUCCUCCGAGAACGCCGUCGAGUGCGUCUCGCAGUGGAUCGCCGCCAAGAAGGCCGGCGAGAAGACGCCCAGGGACAAGCUGGCCCGCACCCCGAGGGCCCCAAGCGGGUUCGAGACGUCGGGCGGCUGGCCGACGUGGUCCGCCACGCCCGAGCACUUCGUCGUCGAGGACCUCGACAACGCCGCCGUGCAUCUGAUCAAGAACGCCCUCGGCGGCACGCGCAGGACCCUCUUCACCGGCGCGGCACUCGCGUACCCCCCCUUGUCGAGGAGCGUCAGGGACGACAUUACCGUGCAGGUCAUUUUCUUCCAGGACCCGGCCAAGGCGGACUGA